GCCGCUGCUCGCUAGGAAAGCAGGAGAGCUGUCAUGGCGAGUUCGGCAGCUUCCGCGGUGCGACCGCCGAGGCCGAAGAAAGAGCCGCAAACGCUCGUCAUCCCCAAGAAUGCGGCGGAGGAGCAGAAGCUCAAGUUGGAGCGGCUCAUGAAAAACCCGGACAAACCAGUUCCAAUUCCAGAAAAAAUGAGUGAAUGGGCGCCUCGGCCUCCCCCAGAAUUUGUCCGGGAUGUAAUGGGUUCAAGUGCUGGGGCUGGAAGUGGAGAGUUCCAUGUGUAUAGGCAUCUGCGCCGGAGAGAAUAUCAGCGACAGGACUACAUGGAUGCCAUGGCUGAGAAGCAAAAACUGGAUGUAGAGUUUCAAAAGAGACUGGAAAGGAAUAAAAUUGCUGCAGAGGAGCAGACUGCAAAGCGUCGAAAAAAGCGCCAAAAGUUAAAAGAGAAGAAAUUAUUGGCAAAGAAGAUGAAACUUGAACAGAAGAAACAAAAAGAAGGAUCCAGAGAGUCCCAAGAGCAGCCGUCCAGCAGCUCUGAGGAGGCAUCCGGAACAGAGGAGGAGAAAGAGGAAGAGCCCAGCUUCAUCAUGGGGCGGUGACUGUUGGUCACAGUGGCUCUCUGGGGCCCAGGGCCUCAGAAGGCCUUCCACCUGACCCAAGGAGAAAGGAGGCUGUUUGGACUCAGUUUCUCUCCCAAGCCUCGCUGGGUAGAAGCACGUGGGAAGCCAUGCCGACUGCUCGUGGCCCUGCCAACAGGCAGGACUCGGAGCCUGUGGGACAGAGAGGACUGUCUCCUGGACACUCAAGGGCCGUGCCAUAUAGAGUUUGUUCAUGUUUCCACUAAAAGGGGGAAAAUUUAUAACCUUCUGCCUGUGGUGCCUGUUUUCACAUAUUUAGACAUUAAUGAACUUUGGGCUGAUUUCCAUGAAGGAAUGUUUAUUAGUAAAGAACAGAAAAACUUUAGGUUUUGUUUGGCCCUGUGAAAUGUUGAAGCUGUAGGGAAGGCUAUGAAAAAGAGGUGAUGGGGGUGGGGCCUUUUCCCAGGGUCGCUGAGGGGAAUGGCCUUGGCUCUGGAGCUGACUCCCUGCCCGGCGCCUGCCCUUCAUUUCCUUCAGCUGAGGGUGCAGACUGCGCCUCAGAGCACAUGCUCCCGCCCAGGAGAUCCCAGUACGCCCAUGUGUUUUGGGGAGCCCUGGGACGUGCACAAGAAGUUGUAGGACGCAGCCAGGGGCUGGGCCAUAAAAGGGAACUGGGUGUGUGAAAAGAGCUUUAGGGAAAGUAAUUGGAGAUGAGAAAAAGAAGCAGGGGGGGCCUCCAGCUGGGCUGAACCAGAGGAGAGGGCCUGGGGAGCCCAAGCCAGCCCGGGAGGGGGGAUCCAUUGGCCGAAAGCUGCGUUUUCAUCCUGAGGUCGAAGGACUUCUAAACAGAAAAUUUGAGGUAGCCUUUCAGGCAACAUGGGGGACAGAGAUGGUUUCUAAUUAGAGCCUUUGGUCACUUUUUGGAUUAUUUCUCUCCAUCUCCAAAUUUCUAAGAAUAUUUUGUGACUUUUAUGGAAUUUGAUACAAUUAAGGAAAUCAUGGUUUUGAUUGGACAUUUUACUUUUCUUUCACUUUUGAGGUAUUGAUUUUCCUGGUGCUGCCCUAGGCUAGGUGACAUCCUUUGGUGACUUCUGUCCUUUCAGCAGUGAAGUCACAGGAGGGUUUUUUUAAACAGUUCCCUUAAAUUGUGAUGUAUUGAAGUCCAGUUAAUAUUUAUUAAGUGAUUCACAGGAAUUUUUCUUUCCCAGGAAACUGAAAUGGAAAGUCAACCCUAAUAAAUUAGCACACACCCUGGCCGUACAUUUUGAAACCGAUGUUUCUCUUGGUCAGGGACUGGCUGGUUAGUUUGUGUUUUGUCUUUUGUUCCAUCUUCGACUUGCUGGUUUCCUUAUCCCCACCCCCACCCCCACUCGAAUGUGCGUCACAACUCUUGGCCUUGAAUCCAGCCUGGAUAUUGUGGGUUUUGUCUUUCACUGGAGACUGUGGAGCCAGGUCUCAGAGUGGGAAGACCUGGGUUCAAACCUUAACCUUCCUCUGAUGAAAAUUGGGAACUUUAGGCAAGUCACUUCCUGCCUCUGCCUGGUGCACCUGGCAGAGAGCCUAGUGAGACGUGUGUUGGACAGGUGGACGGAAAACUAAACGAAUAGGAUUCCAGGCAGGGUGUUUAUGUUUUCUACCUUUACUAGAUACCAGAAGAUGAUGUUUAGGUAGGAAACAUCCUGUACUAGUUUCUGACAGUUUUCAAAGGGUCAUGUAUACCUUAGGGUGAAUGACUCAGCCUUUCUUCUUCAGAGUAUUUACUUGGGAAAGGGGAACAAUUAGAUGUCAUCAGUGAGAAGGCAGUGGGCGAUACUGAGAGGACAGCCCCCGCUAAAAAAAGCCACGACUGGGGAGAAUCAUUAAGUAAUGCCCUUAUUGAUUAGCUUGUAGGUGAGGAGAAAUUAAACAACAAACGUAUACAUAACCUUGUUGUCUCAGCAAACCUCAGGUAUAAGAAUUCUG